AUGCCCAAUAACACUCCUCUCUAUGUUAUUGAUUGGAACUAAGAAAAAGGUUACAUUGCCUGCGGAGGAGAUCAGGGUCUUCUUAAAAUUUUGAAACUUGAAUCGGGCAAAGGUCAAGGAGGUGGUAACCUCUCAAUGAAUCAAAACUUACAGGGACAUUCAGGUCAAAUUCAAGUAAUCAGAUGGAACGAUGGUUAUCAAAAACUUACAACUAGUGAUGAAUAAGGUCUAAUUAUUGUUUGGAUGAUGCAUAAGCAACAUUGGUUUGAGGAAAUGAUCAAUAACAGAAAUAAGAGUGUUGUUACUGAUAUGAAAUGGACACCCAAUGGAGAGAAAAUUGGUAUAGUCUACGAGGAUGGAGCUGUAAUUGUAGGUAGUGUCGAAGGAAACAGGCUAUGGGGUAAAGAACUUAAAAUUAAUCUUUCCCUCAUUGAAUGGUCACCUGAUAGCAGAACUAUUUUGUUCGGAACACCAGAUGGUGCAGUUAACGUGUAUGAUUAUGUUGGAAAUUUCCUUUUCCCAAUCAAAAUCUUCUGCCUUAGAGGACUGGAGGGAAGAGAAAUGCCACUUGCAGCUAUUGAAUGGUAUGAUAAUAACAAAUAAGGAUUUUCAUAUGAAGACUUAGACGAUAAUGCUGCCUAACUUUGCAUCGCCUAUAAAUGCGGAAGAAUGCAAUUAAUGAGAAAAGAGACUGACGACAGGCCUAUUCUAGUUGACACUGGAAUGAACAUUAAAUCAGCUAAAUGGAACCCAAAUGGUAAUGUACUCGCAGUUGCAGGCUCUUAGGUUGAUAAUUCGGAUGGAAAGGGUAUUGUUUAAUUCUAUAACGCUUAUGGUAUUCAUUUGAGAUCAUUGAAAGUUCCAGGAACAACUGGAAUCGUAAACUCUAUCUCUUGGGAAGGAUUUGGAUUACGUGUUGCAUUAGCAGUUGAUUGCAAUAUUCUCUUCUCUAAUAUUUAGCCAGAGUAUAUGUGGGCAUAUUUCAAUAACACCCUAGUCUUUGCAUUUAGAAAGCCAGAAAGAAACGAUAUGUGUGUCAUCUUUUGGGAUACUGUAAUUAAUGAGAAGCAUGUUAAAUAUAUGAGAAGACUUCAGAAAAUCUCAGCCUGUGGUGAAUAUUGUAUUUUAAUUGCUAAGGUUGAAGACACUCCUAAUCAAUGGGUUAUUAUACUUUGCAAUGCAGUUGGUUGCCCAAUUGAAAAUAAGACAAUUACUUUUGAACCAAGAUACGUCACAAUGAACAAAACUCAUAUCAUAAUUGCUUGUGAGGAUGUUGUCUACUACUGGCAAUACAGACAAAAUAAUUCUAAGCUCACAACAUUGGAACAAGAGAAGAAAAAGAAGGCUGGAAAAGAAAAUGUCUUCCACAUUGAAGAGAUUCCAAACCCCAAUCAAAUAUAUGACAAGGAUAAGUGGAGAAAGCCAUAAAUUGUUUGCAAUGAUUAAAUUUGUUCAGUCGCUGCAGGACCUGACGCCUUUAUCAUUGGAAGAAUGAGUGGCUAAGUACUUAAAUACUCAUUGCCUUACAUCUAACUUGAGAGCAAGGUUAUGCUUAGAUGCAGACCAUAGCAAUUGUCAAUGAAUUGUGACUCUACAAAAUUCUCAAUUAUUGAUAUCAAUGGUAUUUUAAGUUUCUAUGAUUUCCAGGCUACUGACACCUAAAAUCAAGUAAAAGGACAGCAGUUAGUCUCUGGAGAGCAUUUAUCAACUGAGAGAAAGGAAGUUUGGUCAAUUAUUUGGUCAACUGAUAAUCCAGCACUUUGCGCUUUAAUGGAAAAGAACAGACUAUACGUACUUAGAAAUUUCCAACCAGAGGAACCAGUAUUAAGCGCAGGUUAUCUCUGUGAUUUCACUGAUUUGGAAGUGAAGGCAGUCCUUCUAGAUGAUAUUCUAAAGGAUCCAGAAGAAAUUAAAAAUAUUAGUGAGAUGGUUGUAGACUACGAAGCCAAGAGUCUUAGAGACACCAGAGAUUUCCUAACUACAGUCUCACUAAAGGACGCCUUUGAGUUUGUCGAGUAGAACCCUCACAAGAGACUAUGGAGACUUAUUGCUGAGUCUUCAUUAGAUAAAUUGAAUUUUGCAUUUGCAGAGAGAGCAUUCGUUAAGAAUGAAGACUACUAUGGAGUCUAAUUUGUAAAUAGACUUUAAACCUUCGACGAGAAAUUCAAGCAGAAGGCAGAGAUUGCAGCAUAUUUCAAGAGAUACGAUGAAGCUGAGCAGAUCUAUAGAGAUAUUGAUAGAAAGGAUCUAGCAUUAGAUUUGAGAAUGAGACUCGGUGAUUGGGCCAGAGUAAUUCAAUUAAUUGAGCAAGGUGCUGGUACUGAUGAGACUCUUAAAAAGGCUUACAAAAAUCUUGGAGAUUAUUCAGCUGAAAGGCAAAAAUGGACAAAAGCAGCUAAAUAUUAUGGUCUCGCACAAGACAAUGAUAACCUUGUAGAGUCUUAUUACAAGCUUGAAGACACUGGAAAUCUUGAAAAAAUGAUCACGAUUCUCCCUGAAAAUUCUCCAUUGCUUGAAAAGUUAGCCGAGAAAUUUGCUUCACUCGGAUUGUGUGAAUCAGCUGUCGAGUGCUAUGUAAGAUUUGGAGAUGUUAAGAAAGCCAUCGAUUGUUGUGUUCUAUUGAAUUAAUGGAACCAAGCUGUGGAGCUAGCUGAAUAACAUAACUUCCUUCAAAUCGAGUAACUUCUUCAAAGGUAUGCCAAUCAUCUGAUUGAAAAGAACAAAAAGAUGGAAGCUAUUGAGCUAUUUAGAAAAGCAAACAAAAACACUGAAUCAGCAAGAAUCUUAGCUACAAUCGCUUAAGAAUUAAGAUAGAAAAAUGCACCACCUCUACUAAUCAAGAAAAUCUAUGUACUUGCUGCUUUCGAAGUUGAUUCUUACAAGCAGAGAGUGUUUGAUGCCCAGGUAGCACAAAUUACAGGAACAGGAGCCACAGCUGCAGAUGUUGCUGCCAAGACUAUGAACAGUUUAAUUACCAGUGAUAUUAGUACAUCAGCCGAUAAGCAACUGACUAAUCCCUGGAAAGGAGCUGAAGCCAUCCACUUCUAUCUAUUGUGUCAAAGACAACUUUACCAGAAGGACUACACAAGAGCCAUGAAGACAGCUAUGAGAUUGAUUGAAUACGAGAAGGAGCUUUAAACUAAGGAUGUUUAUAGUUUAGUUGCAAUCUCAUGCUACUUUAAUGAGUGCUACAAGGAAUGCUCUAAGGCAUUUGUAAAGCUAGAAAGACUGCCAGAUGUAACUGAUAAGGAAAGAGAGCAGUAUGAGUUGCUAGCAAUCAAUCUAUUCUCAAGACACCCACCCCUUGAUAAAGUGAAGAAGGAAUUCAACUGCCCUAAACGUGACUGCAAAGCCAGAAUCACAGAAUAUGACAUUAACUGUAAAGAAUGUGGAAGUCAUUUCUCUCCUUGCAUAGCCAGUGGACAGAGUAUCUUGGCUAAAGAGUAUUACACUUGCAAGACCUGCAAACAUAAGGCCUUAGAAAGCGAGCUAAACUACCUAAAACUAAAGCAUUGCCCACUUUGCCAUGGUAAAAUUAACAUUGGAGGCCCAGGAGACUCAACUCAGCCAGGAGCAGUAUAGAAGAAACCUUAAUAGCUUACCAGAUGA